CCGGCCGUUUUUUUACUUGGUUGACUCACGGAAUUCCGCCGGAUUCUGGACUUUGUCUUUGUUCUUAUCGCAAUCAACCCCUCAAGUCAAUUCUACGAAGACGCCAUCAUGCCGGGCGAAGUCGCUGAGAAUGGCGUUCCGACUCCCCUCCCUGCAAAGCUGAGCAAUCUGACUCUUACUGAGAGUUCGCCUCCGUCUCCUACUUCGGAAAAGCAGGAUGGACAGGAGCGAUCGACAACUGACUUUGGCAUCCCUGACGCCUUUCUGCUUCCCAAUGGAACCCCAGACUACCUCCGGCUGAUCCUGACGUCCCGUGUCUACGAUAUUAUCGACGAGACCCCGCUUCAUCAUGCAGUCAACCUCAGCAAUCGCCUGGAGUGUCGUGUGCUUUUGAAGAGAGAGGACCUUCUCCCCGUGUUCAGUUUCAAGCUCCGUGGAGCCUACAACAAGAUGGCGCAUCUGACUCACGAGCAGCGGUGGAAAGGAGUCAUUGCAUGCUCAGCAGGAAACCAUGCGCAGGGCGUUGCAUACUCGGCUCGCAAACUGAAGAUCCCCGCCACUAUCGUCAUGCCUUCGGGCACCCCGGCUAUCAAGCAUCUGAAUGUCGCGCGCCUGGGUGGUAGCGUGGUCCUCCACGGAGAUGACUUCGAUGCAGCCAAGGAAGAAGCGGUUCGGUUGCAGCAGCAGCAUGGACUUACCAUGAUCCCGCCUUUCGAUGACCCCUACGUGAUCGCCGGUCAGGGAACCAUUGGCAUGGAGAUAUUGCGCCAGGCCAACUUACAGAAGCUCGAGGCUAUCUUCUGUGCCGUCGGUGGUGGAGGCCUUAUUGCUGGCAUUGGCGUUUAUCUCAAGCGGAUCGCACCGCAUGUGAAAGUCAUUGGUGUGGAGGCUCGGGAUGCCAAUGCGAUGGCCCAGUCUCUCGACCUUGGCUCGCGCGUGUUCCUCAAGGAUGUGGGACUUUUCGCCGACGGUGCUGCUGUCAAGACUGUUGGAGAAGAGAACUACCGGGUGGCACGUGAAGUGAUCGAUGAAGUCAUUCAGGUCACGACUGAUGAGACGUGUGCCGCCAUCAAGGAUGCGUUCGAAGAUACACGGUCUAUCAUCGAACCGGCAGGUGCCCUGGCUCUGGCCGGUCUUAAGAAGUAUGUCGCCAUGAACCCCAGCCCCGACACGAAUAGGGAGCUGUGCGCUAUCGCCUCCGGAGCCAACAUGGACUUUGACCGUCUUCGUUUUGUCGCCGAGCGCGCUGCCCUGGGAGAGCGGAAAGAGGCGCUCCUGAGCGUCAGGAUCCCCGAGAAGCCGGGCGCUUUUGCCAAGCUCGUCGAGGUUGUUCUUCCUCAUGCAGUUACGGCCUUCAGCUAUCGUUAUGCUCAUGACUCGUCCGCCGACGUUCUGAUGGGCAUCUCCUUGUCCGCCUCGACUGGCCGGGAUGAUUUGGCCAAGAUUAUCGCCCAAUUGACGAGAGGUGGAAUGGAUGCAAAGGAUCUGAGUGAUGACGAGCUCGCUAAGAGGCAUGUACGCUUCCUGGUCGGUGGUCGCAGCAACGUUGCUGACGAGCGGUUAUUCAUGUUCGAGUUCCCUGAGCGCCCCGGUGCUCUCGCCAAGUUCUUGACGACUCUUCGUCCUAACCAGAACAUCUCCUUGUUUCACUACAGGAACUACGGCGGCGAUGUUGGAAAGGUUCUCGCAGGAAUCCAGUGCCCUGAAGACGAGAAGUCGGACCUGGAAGCUUUCCUUAGCGACCUGGCCUACCCUUUCACCGAACAUACCGACUCCCCGACCUACACGACCUUUCUUCGUUAGCGGAAAUGCGCCAUGUCUUUCUGUUCGUUUUUGUUAUUGUUAGAUUUUCUAGAAAACUUAGUGUGGGCCGUUGAUGGAUCUCAAGUGGAAGUGUUUAGGCGUUUGUUGGGCAUAGGAAUGAUAGAUCUGUGUACCUACGUUAGGAACUUUUGUUCGUAUAUAUCUUAAUGCAGCAUGAUAUUGACACCU